AUGACUACGGCGGUCGGAAUGCUGCAAAAUAAUGGCUUGUCCAGCCCCCAGAGACAGGUCACAGCGGACGUGAGCAACGGACUCAAGGCCGGUGAAAAGAUCAGCGGUGCAGGUUACAGCAAGGAUGUGAAAAAACGCAGCGAAGAUCGCGUGCACACCGGUAAAGUUACGAAUGCUCCUGAACUCCCGCAUGUGGAAGUGAAUCAGCAGCCGCUGACGCUGCUGAUUCGAAACCUCACGGUCUUUUCUAUCAAAGAGCUCAUUCAGCUUUUGAAGAUCAGUGUGCAUGCGAACCAAGAUCCUAGUGCCAAAAAAACUGCGUUCUUGCAAUUGGUGGUAUAUCUGCGGAACCAGUUCCUCAAGCUUUACGUGCUGGUGAAAUGGUGUCGCACCUUGAGAAACAACAAUUUCAACACGAUGAUCGAUCUGCUAAAUUGGUUCCGCGGCUCAAACAUGGCCGUCAACAACUGCAUAUGGGCCUUGAAGGCCAGUCUGGCUGGUAUGACCAAUGCUAAGCUUCCAAACCCCGAUCUCAUCACAGCACUCGAAGUACUAAGUCUGGGCAGGCCAAAUCUGCAGACGCACAACUUCACGCUCAGUGGUGAGGAACGCGCGGAAAAUGGACAAAAAACAUCAGCGGUUCCUUCAAAACUCAUCUUGAAAACGCUUCGGGACAUGAACAUUAUUUUGUCCGUGAAGAUUUCGCUCAUGGAAAUUCCUGACCAAUUCAAACAGUAUUCUGUGUGCGACGGUAGACUGUACAUUAGCGUGGAAAACGAGUUUGAAGUUCAACUUUCCACGACUCACCAGCGGAUGCCUCUUUUCUUUGUGGAUCUGAAAUUGCUGUUCAAUGAGCUAUUGCCUUUGAACAAGUACAAGCUGGAGAAAGUAAUAAACGAGGUGUUAUACAAAAGCCCACGUCCGUUAUUUGCUCUCUACAAAAUUCUCCACAAUUAUGUCCUAUCGGUCCAAAUGUACAUGAUACACGCGGAAUUGCUAGAUUUAGAGUCUAACAGCAAGUAUGCCGGUGGAAACUUGGUGCAUCAUUACGAUUCUCGGAAGACUACCAUUAACCUUAAGUACUGGUCUAAUAGCCGGCUCAAGGGCAAAUGCAAUGCGACCAUCGGUAUAGAAGAGCAGACUGGAUGUAUUGUCUUGAGAUGGUACAUUGAAGAGGUGGCGGGAAGUCAGUCAGAAAUACCAGUACGUUACACCAAUGUGUUAAGCAAUUUGGGGAACAUUCUGGACGAAAUAAUGUUCAAUCACUCCCAAAUGAUAAAAGCGGAGCUGUUAUCCACAGGGGUUCUACAAGAAGACGAUGAAAUUUCAGAUGCUCUUCUGUUCAAUGUUCCCUCCACACCAGCAUCCGUUAUCCCGAUCCAAAUCAAAAUAAACGUAAUCAGCGGGGUCUUCUACGUUAGAAAUCCCAGUGGCUUGUUAACGUUUUACAUCAAUCAAAUUAACAAGACAAGCACAACCGAUGAUUUCAUCAAAGUUUUGAAUAGGCUCAAGCUGGAUAAAAUUAUAUCGAUUUUGCGAAACAUGUUUGAGAAAGUUGGUUGGGCGUGCAACAAUGUCGUGAAACUUAACGCCCCGGUAUCAAAGGAUCCCAGUUGGGCGCAGAAAAAGAUAUUGUUUCGAGACCUGUUUGUCCGACUUGAAAACUGGCCUGCCAACUGGUACCUCAUUUUUAGCGUAAUAUCGUCGAAUGCUACUUGCAUAAUUGAAAAGAGGAUAGGAAAGAUUGCGGCUGCAAAAGGCAGUUGGGAAUUGAAGUACUUGGACAAUGAAAAUGUAUUAACACUAAAACUCGAAUCUAUGACCUACCAGAAAAUCCUUCACCUCAAAAAAACGAGUCUGCACAAGAUAGUCGACCAUAUGAUUAUCGAUUCUCUGAAUGGCCUUCGUAUGAGAAACCGCAUCUGUUCCAGCAAACAGUUAGGUGCGGUGCCUGAAUACAUUGUGCCCGGGGACCAAACACACCAUUCAUCGAUUCUGAGUAUAGAAUUGGAGUCAUUUAUCGGAGGCUCUUCUGCACUAAAGUAUAUUUUGGAAGAGACAAUGUUUUUGCGGAUAGACUACCAUGACAGCAAGAUCAAAUUAUUUGGUAAGUUCAGAAAGAACUGUAAAGCGAUAGGCAAACAAUACAAUGAGACUUUGAUGCACUUCAUAGACGAAGAUGCGUUAUCGUUCUACAUGUCAGAAUCCUUCACGGACCUGAAUAACAUCGUCCAGCAUUUUAACACGUUCAAGCAGAAGCUUAUGCAGAUCGUGACGCUAACUGACGUCAUUGAGAAACUGCAUGAUUUUUACUCCGAAAACUUUAGCAUCGUGGCAUUGAAACCUAACGAGAUUUCUUUCAAAUACUUGAAAAACAGCAAGGAUGAUUAUGACUGUCGAAUCCUAAUACAGACAAACGAUGACAGCGUCAAAAAGCUAGAAAUCAAGUUGUCGCCCCGCAAUCCGCAGCAUAUUUUCCAACCGUUCAUCGAUUCCAACAGACUUGACUACCACUUUGUUUUCAAUUACCUGCAAUUUACGUCCGGGUUUUUUGGCGUGUUAGAGUCGAUUCUAACCACUUCUGAGAGCCAAGUGAAGUCGACGAACGGCUACACCACGGUUUCUCUCCAACUUCAUAAUCUUUCCGUGUACGGACUGAUAUAUUACAACCCAGAGACCAGUACCAAGAUCACGUUAAUGAUAGAGCUGCGCAACGUGUUUUUGAACGGGUCCAAAAAACUGCGGUAUUUCGUCCACUUUGCAGACGAUGAGCAUAUCUCCACCAAAAGUCCAGCGUAUCCUUUGGUGCACAAGGUGCGCAACACUGUUUUUAUGGUCGACAGCACGUCUUUGAUCACGGGAGACACGAUUUCCGGUCUUGCUUCGCCCAAGCGAGCCAAGGCCGCCUCGCUGAUAAGGCUCGCCGAUGGGAUUUGCUGCGACGCUGCUGAUAUCGAGCUUGUGAUUCGCGAAGUCAACGAUAUUUUGAAAAUCGACUGCGUUUAG